AUAUCAUCAUCCGAUAUAUAUUGUUAUAUCGAACAGCCCAUGCUGUUUCUUGCUCACCUGAAGGAAUUUCAUCAUCCUAGGUUAUUGUGAGAUUCAGUUUUAACACCAUGUUUUGAGCAGACAGAUUUAGAGGCUUUUCUGUUUGAUUUUUAUUGUAUUGUUUGUUUAUAUAAGCAAGAGGUUGUUGCAAUAACAACACACCACAGUACGCUAAACCUGAGUUCAUCUGCAAGGUCCAUCCAUAAAUAGAUAUUAAAAUACAUAAAACCCAGCAACAUUAGUUGGUCACAAUAAAUACAUAGACUAAAAUCACAAAGCAGUACAAGGUUGACUGGUUAACAACCUCCUGGCGACCUCCUUGUGUUUCCCAACCAUUUGGAAUGUUGGUUGCAUGAGGUUGCUGGCUAUUGCUAACCAAAAGUGCCAAAGAGGGGGCUGGACCACAGCCCUCUAUGAGAUUUGCUUCAGUCACCAGCAGACUGCCACAGUCGUCUGUGGCUUGCUUGGAAGAUGUUGACUUCUUUGCAAACACUUGCUACAUCUCACUGAGUAAAAUCUGAAAAGGGCUUCACAAACCGGAAGAGUGUUUGCCUUCAAAGUAAAUCAGCAUGUUUCAAAAGGCACAUCUUUUUUUGAAGGCAACUAUAUUUGUUUCCACUCUGCGUCAGAUUUCUUGCAGGUUCACUACCCUUCAGCCAGUAUUUGCAUUCACGUUGGUGUCUUCCGUGCAAACUACAGGCAACUCUGUCAGUCUGCUUGUGACCUGAGCAAUCUCACAAAGGUUUUCAGUGCACCACCAACGCGGCCAAUUUCCCCCACUAACUCACAGCUGGUUGCUAAAUGGUUGAGGAAAACUGGACUUGUGUUGCUGGAGCCUUAGACGAGAAGCAGCAGACCAUUCAUGACUACACGGCAUGGUUUACAUUUAAAGGACCCUGAUCAGGAUCCGGUUCGAGCUCUGCAGCAAAUGGUGAUGAGCCUGCGGGUGUCGGAGCUCCAGGUGCUGCUGGGCUACGCCGGGCGCAACAAGCACGGACGCAAGCACGAGCUGCUGACCAAGGCGCUGCAUCUGCUGAAAGCCGGCUGCAGCCCCGCCGUGCACAUGAAGAUCAAAGAGCUCUACCGAAGACGUUUCCCGGCCAAAAUGGUCUCUCACUCAGAGCUGGCCUUGCCUGGGCCGCACCACCCGGCCACAGCUGGAGUGGUCGGGGGAGGGGGCGCGGCGCUGCCUGCUGGCCUGACGCAGCUGGCUUACGAGGGUCACGCCGGUCACGGUGGAGCCCCAUCGCCUGCUGCGUUACUGCCGCUCUCACUACUCGGUCCUGGGAAACACGAGCUGACCGGGCUGACGCACCACCUGCCCUCCUCAGCGACACUGCAUCCGGUGCAUCCAGAUGUUAAGCUCCAGAGGCUGCCCUUCUACGACAUGCUGGACGAACUCAUCAAGCCCACGAGUCUAGCGUCAGACAACAGCCAGCGGUUUCAGGAGACAUGUUUCGCCUUCGCUUUAACGCCGCAGCAAGUUCAGCAGAUCAGCAGCUCAAUGGACAUCUCGGGGACCAAGUGUGACUUCUCAGUUCAGGUUCAGUUGCGGUUUUGCCUGUCGGAGACCAGCUGUCCUCAGGAAGACCAUUUCCCCCCCAAUCUGUGUGUGAAAGUAAACGGGAAGCCGUGCAACCUGCCGGGUUAUCUUCCUCCAACCAAAAACGGUGUCGAGCCCAAGCGGCCCAGCCGCCCAAUCAACAUUACCUCACUAGUCAGAUUGUCCACCACAGUCCCCAAUACCAUCGUGGUGUCGUGGACCGCUGAGAUCGGAAGGAGUUACUCGAUGGCGGUGUACUUGGUGAAGCAGCAGUCGUCCACAGUGCUGUUACAGAGACUGCGAGCUAAAGGCAUCAGAAACCCAGACCACUCCAGAGCACUCAUAAAAGAGAAGCUAACAGCCGACCCAGACAGCGAAAUAGCCACAACCAGCCUUCGAGUGUCGCUCCUCUGCCCGCUGGGGAAGAUGCGGCUGAUGAUCCCGUGCCGGGCGCUGACAUGUUCCCACCUGCAGUGCUUCGACGCCACACUUUACAUCCAAAUGAAUGAGAAGAAGCCCACCUGGGUGUGUCCCGUCUGCGACAAGAAGGCGCCGUACGAGCAUCUCAUCAUUGAUGGGCUUUUUGUAGAGAUCCUCAAUAGCUGCACGGACUGUGAUGAGAUCCAGUUUAAGGAGGAUGGCAGCUGGGCCCCCAUGAGGUCUAAGAAGGAAGUGCAGGAGGUGUCCUCUGCUUCCUAUAACAAUGGGCUGGAUGGCUCAUGCCGGACCGCCGCAGGCUCAGAUCAGCGGAGCUCCUCGGCAUCCAGCCACGGAGGCAGCGACAGCAGCAACGGCAAGAAAGUGGAAGUGAUCGACUUGACACUGGACAGCUCCUCAGACGAUGAAGGACCGGAUUCGCCGCCGCCGCCGCCCCCAACGCUGCCUCCUCCUAUCAAAAGAGCGUGCCCUUCGAUGUCCCCGACCUCGCCACCCGUCAUCAACAAAGGCGUGUUGAACCUGCACCAUCAGGCCUCUCCUGUGAGCCGUACCCCCAGCAUGCCCGGGAUAGACACCAGCUACAUCCCUCCUGUCCCCCCUCUCAUCCAGGACUACAGGCCCUACUACCACACCCCCAAUGACCUUUCAGAGUUGAAUUUUUUCUCUUUUCUUCAAGGGGACAAUCAUCCGCAUUACAACAUGGUUAUGGCAGCAGCGGCGGCUGCCUCGGCCUCAGAAGACCACGAGCUGCUUCUCAACCGCUUCAUGCCCUACACCACCUCCUCCUCCGCCUCCCACCUGUUCCUCGACCAAUCGGCAGUCUCCUCUGCGCCUUCGCUGACAGCGCCGACCAACGGGGUGAGCAAUUCGGGCAGCACCAGCAGCCUGGUCUCGUCCAGCAGCCUCCGUGACACUCAUUCGACACACUCGUCCUCACAUUCGAGCUCACACUCCUCACACACGCAUCCCGGGGUGGUGGCCAGCCGGAGCAGCACUGAAGCUGCGGUGGCGGCUAUUUACGGCGGGAUACCCGAUGUUAUAUCGUUGGACUGACCCUGGAUGAGUGGAGAUGACGGCGCGGGCACAGCUGGAAUCCAGUAACAAACAAACGAUCACAAACUCAACCGCGAGGGGUGACUUUUAAGAAACUAGACUGCCCCCCCACCCCCACCCCACCCCCCGCGAGUCAUCAAACCCUGAACAUUCGAGGAGCCGUGACGACGAGUCUGUCUCAAGAAGAGCACUAAUAAUAUGAGCGGACAACUGACCCGAGUUCAGUCCCGAGUCAUCACUUAAAGGUGUGGACAUUGUGUUGGUGUGCUGACUUUAGAUCAGAAACCUGUCCAGCAUGUGAACCCACGUUACUGCUAUACUGGUACCAACCCGGCACAACGAGCAAAGAUGCUACCUGAGCAAAAACACAAAGGAGAGGGGGGGGGGGAGCUCUUUUCUCUUUCUUUUUUUUUUUAAAAAUAAAAACAAAGGAGCGGCACCGUGUACAGAGAACAGAAUCUAUUUUCCUCUUUUACUUUUGUAUGUUAAAUCGGGACAAUUUCAGUCUAGAGAGCUGCUUCAGUCGUUGUUUGUAAGUGGAGGACUGAGUCGGGUUUAAUUUUUUUGUGUUCUCACACAAACACGAGCUCAUUCAUAUGCCUGUUGCCAUGUGGUUUGCUCUCUUUUAGCUAUACCCCGUUUCCAGAUGUCAGAUUUGCAUUUCUCCGAUCUAAACUUCACUUCUCUCUGCGUGCUGUUCUCUUUUUCUCACGUUCAAAUUCACGGCAUUUUGUGUCUCUCUCUGACGACGGGAGCUUUUCAGACGCUGAAUAUACAGUUUAUUAAUGUGCUAAUAAUUUUAUUAUGCUUUUAAGUUAUGUAUGAUAUUUAAGCCUUUAGAAAUAUAUAUAUAUAUAUAUGAAUAUAUAUGCAUUCCCUUUGACCUUCAGGUUGAUGCUGUGGGGAGUGUGGAAUUAGCCAUUUCCAUUUUAUUUUAAUGUUUUUCAUUUCCUCUCCUCAAUUCCCGCCUCCUUUUAGAGACUCUACCUGCAGACAGCAUUUAGAAGUGAAACUAUUUAUACCUGCCAGUUUAGAGGUUUUCGAUGGAACAGUUUCAGUUGUUUAUUUCAUUUGC